AUGGCAGAAGAGAGUUCCGAAAUUCAAAGCAAUCAGGAACUAGUCCAGGCAACUGAAUCAAAUGAACAGGAAAUGAACAGGUCGACCUCUGACGUGCGUGACAUUUCCAUGAAAAUGGAGAGAGCAAGGGAGACUUACAGAACAUAUUCAAGGCUUGAGCGUAAGCCUACAAGACAGGAACUUUGGGCUUGGUAUGCGUAUGAAAUGUGCUCUUACUUUGUUCAUACAGUUCUUAUACCCAUAGUGUUUUCUCUCGUCAUUAGUCAAAUAGUUAAAUUACCUUCUGAGCCACUUCGAGGAUGGAGCAAGAGCGCCAAGGGCUUGACUUGUAAAAUCAAUGAAAUGCAACUGUACGAGCGACUUACUCGCCGUUCCAUACCAAUUGGCAAUUCCAAAGUCUCCCCCUUAGAGUGGACUUCAAUCUCUUGGGCAAUAGGCCUAAUUCUGGUUGGCCCUGCGCUCCGUUUCGUUUCCACCAACCUUGACCAUGGCCGGAACCAGCAAGUUGUUGCUGGAGCUGCAACUGCCAUUGGAUCAUUCUUUUGUCUACCCGUUGGAUUCUUCAGAGUCACAUGGAUUUUCCCUCUCUAUAUUGCUCCAAUCGUGGUUGCCAUUACCGUUGCUACUGCCUCCCACACCCGUCAUCAUGGCCUAAUGAUCCAAGGUUUCACUGGACCAACCCUUCAAAGACAUCAAUUCCAAGUUCGAAGAGGUGUCUCAAGUUGGCUGUCGCUCUAUGCCACUGCUGCCGGUUGCUUAGGCUCUGCUGUAAUAGCAGCAUUUGUAUAUUAUAUGCUUCGAAUUAAUGAUAAAUUUACCGGCCUGUGGGUUGUCUCGAUUUUUAGUGGACUCAAGUGGUUAGCUGGAAUAGUUCACGUUAUUACCUUAAGGCCUGGGAAAACCAUUGCCUCUUCUUUACCAAAAGACCAUUUUCUCUCCAUUUUUAAAUAUCAUCAUGGACUUGGAAGCCUUAUUGUUGUUGGUCUUUCUUCAUUCACAUCAAUGUGCAUUUUCACAGGAGGGUUACUCUAUUUGGUUGGUGAACUCUGCCUUAAGCCGGUGUUCUUGCUUUAUUCCUGGUUGAUUUAUUUCAUUUUCCCCUCAGUUUCUCUGCCACUACUACAACCAAUUCAGCUUGUUUUAAAGACAAAUGCUGUGAAAAUGCAUCUGCUUGGACUCAUUUUAUCACUAGUAACUUCGGGGACAGGAUUCCAAUUCCGAAAGGACAACUGGCAGAGACAACAUAUCUUGAUUUUUGCGGCAUUGCAAAGCACAUCGACAGGACUCUUGCAUGCUUUUGGCCGAGUUUUGUUGAUGGACUCUUCACCAGCUGGGAAAGAAGGUGCAUUUGCAAUCUGGUUCUCGUGGGUGAAAAUGAUGGGAACUUGUUCAGGCUUUGCAGUAGCAUCAGGAGCCGCUGCCGGAAAUGUAGGAACCUCUUUUGGAAUCGCAUUCUGCACAGCCGCUGUUGCAAUGGUGAUUUCAAUAUAUGGGAACAUUAGCGACGUUGGAGGAGCCGUAGCUGCAGGGCUUAUAAGUGAAGACGGCACGACGGUUUCUACACCCACCGAUGGCUUGGAUAAUAGCAAUAGCACUAGCACUAGCCACGGUGAUGAGAAUGCAACGAAAGAGCCUGUGGGCGAGGAAGCUGCAUAG